UUCGGAGGGGCCGGGAGGAGCCUCGCGCAUGUGCACAGCUGGCGCCCCCCGCCCCCCGCGCACAGCUGGGACGUGGGCCGCGGCCGGGCGGGCGCAGUCGGGAGCCGGCCGUGGUGGCUCCGUGCGUCCGAGCGUCCGUCCGCGCCGUCGGCCAUGGCCAAGCCCUCCAGGGGCCCCGCGCGCCGCUGCCUGUUGGCGCUCGUGCUGUGCUGCGCCUGGGGGACGCUGGCCGUGGUGGCCCAGAAGCCGGGCGCAGGGUGUCCGAGCCGCUGCCUGUGCUUCCGCACCACCGUGCGCUGCAUGCAUCUGCUGCUGGAGGCCGUGCCCGCCGUGGCGCCGCAGACCUCCAUCCUAGAUCUUCGCUUUAACAGAAUCAGAGAGAUCCAACCUGGGGCAUUCAGGCGGCUGAGGAACUUGAACACAUUGCUUCUCAAUAAUAAUCAGAUCAAGAGGAUACCUAGUGGAGCAUUUGAAGACUUGGAAAAUUUAAAAUAUCUCUAUCUGUACAAGAAUGAGAUCCAGUCAAUUGACAGGCAAGCAUUUAAGGGACUUGCCUCUCUAGAGCAACUAUACCUGCACUUUAAUCAGAUAGAAACUUUGGACCCAGAUUCGUUCCAGCAUCUCCCGAAGCUCGAGAGGCUAUUUUUGCAUAACAACCGGAUUACACAUUUAGUUCCAGGGACAUUUAAUCACUUGGAAUCUAUGAAGAGAUUGCGAUUGGACUCAAACACACUUCACUGUGACUGUGAAAUCCUAUGGUUGGCAGAUUUGCUGAAAACCUAUGCGGAGUCGGGGAACGCACAGGCAGCAGCCACCUGCGAAUAUCCCAGACGCAUCCAGGGACGCUCAGUGGCAACCAUCACCCCGGAAGAACUGAACUGUGAAAGGCCCCGGAUCACCUCCGAGCCCCAGGACGCAGACGUGACCUCGGGGAACACCGUGUACUUCACCUGCAGAGCGGAAGGCAACCCCAAGCCUGAGAUCAUCUGGCUGCGAAACAAUAAUGAGCUGAGCAUGAAGACAGAUUCCCGCCUAAACUUGCUGGACGACGGGACCCUGAUGAUCCAGAACACACAGGAGACGGACCAGGGUAUCUACCAGUGCAUGGCAAAGAACGUGGCCGGAGAGGUGAAGACGCAAGAGGUGACCCUCAGGUACUUCGGGUCUCCAGCUCGACCCACUUUUGUAAUCCAGCCACAGAAUACAGAGGUGCUGGUUGGGGAGAGCGUCACGCUGGAGUGCAGCGCCACAGGCCACCCCCCGCCGCGGAUCUCCUGGACGAGAGGUGACCGCACACCCUUGCCAGUUGACCCGCGAGUGAACAUCACACCUUCUGGCGGGCUUUACAUACAGAACGUAGUCCAGGAGGACAGUGGAGAGUAUGCGUGCUCUGCGACCAACAACAUUGACAGCGUCCAUGCCACCGCGUUCAUCAUCGUCCAGGCUCUUCCUCAGUUCACUGUGACGCCUCAGAACAGAGUCGUUAUCGAGGGCCAGACCGUGGAUUUCCAGUGUGAAGCCAAGGGCAACCCACCGCCCGUCAUCGCCUGGACCAAGGGAGGGAGCCAGCUCUCCGUGGACCGACGGCACCUGGUCCUGUCAUCGGGAACGCUUAGAAUCUCCGGAGUUGCCCUCCACGACCAGGGCCAGUACGAAUGCCAAGCUGUCAACAUCAUCGGCUCCCAGAAGGUCCUGGCCCACCUGACUGUGCUGCCCAGAGUCACCCCAGUGUUUGCCAGCAUUCCCAGCGACACAACGGUGGAGGUGGGUGCCAAUGUGCAGCUCCCGUGCAGCUCCCAGGGCGAGCCUGAGCCAGCCAUCACCUGGAACAAGGAUGGGGUUCAGGUGACAGAAAGUGGAAAAUUUCACAUCAGCCCUGAAGGAUUCUUGACCAUCAACGACGUUGGCCCCGCAGACGCAGGUCGCUAUGAGUGUGUGGCCCGGAACACCAUUGGGUCGGCCUCGGUGAGCAUGGUGCUCAGUGUGAACGUUCCUGACGUCAGUCGAAAUGGAGAUCCGUUUGUAGCUACUUCCAUCGUGGAAGCGAUUGCGACUGUUGACAGAGCUAUAAACUCAACCCGAACACAUUUGUUUGACAGCCGUCCUCGUUCUCCAAAUGAUUUGCUGGCCUUGUUCCGGUAUCCGAGGGAUCCUUACACAGUUGAACAGGCACGGGCGGGAGAAAUCUUUGAACGGACAUUGCAGCUCAUUCAGGAGCAUGUGCAGCAUGGCUUGAUGGUCGACCUCAACGGAACAAGUUACCACUACAACGACCUGGUGUCUCCGCAGUACCUGAACCUCAUCGCAAACCUGUCUGGCUGCACCGCCCACCGGCGCGUGAACAACUGCUCAGACAUGUGCUUCCACCAGAAGUACCGGACGCAUGAUGGCACCUGCAACAACCUGCAGCACCCCAUGUGGGGCGCCUCGCUGACCGCCUUCGAGCGCCUGCUGAAAUCCGUGUACGAGAAUGGGUUCAACACCCCUCGGGGCAUCAACCCCCACCGACUGUACAACGGGCACGCACUUCCCAUGCCGCGCCUGGUGUCCACCACCCUGAUCGGGACGGAGACCGUCACACCCGACGAGCAGUUCACCCACAUGCUGAUGCAGUGGGGCCAGUUCCUGGACCACGACCUAGACUCCACGGUGGUGGCCCUGAGCCAGGCACGCUUCUCCGACGGACAGCACUGCAGCUCCGUGUGCAGCAACGACCCCCCCUGCUUCUCUGUCAUGAUCCCCACCAAUGACUCCCGGGCCAGGAGCGGGGCCCGCUGCAUGUUCUUCGUGCGCUCCAGCCCUGUGUGCGGCAGCGGCAUGACUUCACUGCUCAUGAACUCAGUGUACCCGCGGGAGCAGAUCAACCAGCUCACCUCCUACAUCGACGCAUCCAACGUGUACGGGAGCACGGAGCAUGAGGCCCGCAGCAUCCGCGACCUGGCCAGCCACCGCGGCCUGCUGCGGCAGGGCAUCGUGCAGCGGUCCGGGAAGCCGCUGCUCCCCUUCGCCACCGGGCCGCCCACUGAGUGCAUGCGGGACGAGAACGAGAGCCCCAUCCCCUGCUUCCUGGCCGGGGAUCACCGCGCCAACGAGCAGCUGGGCCUGACCAGCAUGCACACGCUGUGGUUCCGCGAGCACAACCGCAUUGCCACGGAGCUGCUCAAGCUGAACCCGCACUGGGACGGCGACACCAUCUACUAUGAGACCAGGAAGAUCGUGGGCGCCGAGAUCCAGCACAUCACCUACCAGCACUGGCUCCCGAAGAUCCUGGGGGAGGUGGGCAUGAGGACGCUGGGAGAGUACCAGGGCUACGACCCCGGCAUCAAUGCUGGCAUCUUCAACGCCUUCGCCACCGCGGCCUUCAGGUUUGGCCACACGCUCGUCAACCCACUGCUUUACCGGCUGGAAGAGAACUUCCAGCCCAUUGCACAAGGUCACCUCCCCCUUCACAAAGCUUUCUUCUCUCCCUUCCGGAUUGUGAAUGAGGGCGGCAUCGAUCCGCUUCUCAGGGGGCUGUUCGGGGUGGCGGGGAAAAUGCGUGUGCCCUCGCAGCUGCUGAACACGGAGCUCACCGAGCGGCUGUUCUCCAUGGCACACACGGUAGCUCUGGACCUGGCGGCCAUCAACAUCCAGCGGGGCCGGGACCACGGGAUCCCGCCCUACCACGACUACAGGGUCUACUGCAACCUAUCGGCGGCACACACGUUUGAGGACCUGAAAAAUGAGAUAAAAAGCCCUGAGAUCCGGGAGAAACUGAAAAGGUUGUAUGGCUCGACACUCAACAUUGACCUGUUUCCGGCGCUCAUGGUGGAGGACCUGGUGCCAGGCAGCCGGCUGGGCCCCACCCUGAUGUGUCUUCUCAGCACACAGUUCAAGCGCCUGCGAGAUGGGGACAGGUUGUGGUAUGAGAACCCCGGGGUGUUCUCCCCGGCCCAGCUGACUCAGAUCAAGCAGACGUCGCUGGCCAGGAUCCUAUGCGACGACGCAGACAACAUCACCCGGGUGCAGAGCGACGUGUUCAGGGUGGCGGAGUUCCCUCACGGCUACGGCAGCUGUGACGAGAUCCCCAGGGUGGACCUCCGGGUGUGGCAGGACUGCUGUGAAGACUGUAGGACCAGGGGGCAGUUCAAUGCCUUUUCCUAUCAUUUCCGAGGCAGACGGUCUCUUGAGUUCAGCUACCAGGAGGACAAGCCGACCAAGAAAACAAGACCACGGAAAAUACCCAGUGUUGGGAGACACGGGGAACAUCUCAGCAACAGCACCUCAGUCUUCAGCACACGCUCAGAUGCACCUGGGACAAAUGACUUCAGAGAGUUUGUUCUGGAAAUGCAGAAGACCAUCACAGACCUCAGAACACAGAUAAAGAAACUUGAAUCACGGCUCAGUACCACAGAGUGCGUGGAUGCCGGGGGCGAAUCUCACGCCAACAACACCAAGUGGAAAAAGGAUGCAUGCACCAUUUGUGAAUGCAAAGAUGGGCAGGUCACCUGCUUCGUAGAAGCUUGCCCCCCUGCCACCUGUGCUGUCCCCGUGAACAUCCCAGGGGCCUGCUGUCCAGUCUGCUUACACAAGAGGGCGGAGGAAAAGCCCUAGGCUCCUGGGAGGCUCCUCAGAGUUUGUCUGCUGUGCCAUCGUGAGAUCAGGUGGCCGAUAGCAGGGAGCUGCAGGCUGCAGACCAGGAAACACCCAGAACUCGUGACAUUUCAUGACAACGUCCAGCUGGUGCUGUUACAGAAGGCAGUGCAGGAGGCUUCCAACCAGAGCAUCUGCAGAGAAGGAGGCGGAGCAGGUGCCCGAAGGGAAGCAGGCAGGGGUCCUAGCUUCACGUUAGACUUCUCAGGUUUUUAUUUAAUUCUUUUAAAAUGAAAAAUUGGUGCUACUAUUAAAUUGCACAGUUGAAUCAUUUAGGCGCCUAAAUUGAUUUUGCCUCCCAACACCAUUUCUUUUUAAAUAAAGCAGGAUACCUCUAUAUGUCAGCCUUGCCUUGUUCAGAUGCCAGGAGCUGGCAGACCUGUCACCUGCAGGAGGGGUGAGUCUUGGAGCUGCCAGAGGGGCUCACCGAAAUCGGGGUUCCAUCACAAGCUAUGUUUAAAAAGAAAAUUGGUGUUUGGAAAAUGCAACAGAACCUUUGAUGAGAGUGUUCACAGGGACACUGUCUGGGGGUGCAGUGCAAGCCCCCGGCCUUCUCCCUGGGAACCUCUGAGCUCCUCCUUCCUCUGGGCUCUCUGUAACAUUUCAGCACGCGUCAGCAUCUAAUCCCAAGACAAACAUUCCCGCUGCUCGAAGCAGCUGUAUAGCCUGUGACUCCCCGUGUGUCAGCUCCUUCCACACUUGAUUAGAACAUUCAUAAACCACAUUUAGAAACAGAUUUGCUUUCAGCUGUCACUUGCAUACGUACUGCCUAGUUGUGAACCAAAUGUGAAAAUCCUCCUUCAUCCCAUUGUGUAUCUGACACCUGCCGAGGGCCAAUUGUGUGCGUUGACAACGCCACUCCCAGCCGGCCCUGGUUGCGUCCACGUCCUGAACAAGAGCCGCCUCCGGAUGGCUCUUCCCAAGGAAGGAGGAGCUUGAGUGUCGGGAACUGUCUAACUUCAGGUUGUGUGAGUGCGUUAAAAAAAAAAAAAAAGAAUCCCUAUACCUCAUUUGUAUUUUUAAAAUGCAUGAUGUUUUAUGAAAUUUUGUCCAUUUUUUAGGUAUUAGAUAUGACAGAAAAACCAUUUCCACUAUGCAAAGUUCUUUUAGAAGUCAGUGAAAAUCAACUCUCAUACCUCAUGGUCUCUCUUUAAUUGACCAAAACCUUCCAUUUUUCUCUAAAUACAAAGCGAUCUGUGUUCUGAGCAACCUUUCCCCGAACACACAGCUUCAGUGCAGCACAGCACGCUGACCUGAGUACCCACCGUGUGCCAGGCACAGUGCUGGGCACACGAGGCACCAAGGUCCGGGCCACCUGCCCGCAGCAGGGCCCAGCUGAGGUGGUGGAGGAGGAAGCCCCUGAGGUCACGGGCCAUUUCAGUUCAGGGUGGCAGGUGUCCAGCACUGGAGUAUGGCAUCGAGGCUUCCAUGGGGUGGGGGAGGCCAGCUUCCUUCUGACAGGAUGGGCACAUACAGUGCCUGGUGUGAUUUGUGCACGACCCGUGUUCCAGAUGCACAUCCUCCCAAGGAGACACCCAGACCCUUCCAGCACGAGCCGGCCAAGUUGCUGUGGUGGAGGCAGCAUUUCAGCUGUGAGGAAGGUCAUUGGAUUCAUGUGUUUUAUCUGUAAAAAUGGUUGUCUUGACUUCUUAUCCUCAUAUUGGUAAAUGAUUGAUAAAAAUUGGUUGGCGUUUCAUGACAUGUGGACUUCGUUUGAAACAGCAAGUCAAAUGUAGUGACCAAAUUGUUGAAGAGAUUUCUGUAAAAUAGGAAAUGUGUAAGUUUGUCUAAAAGCUGAUGGUUAUGUAAGUUGCUCAGGCACUGGGAGUAUUCUGUGCCUCUUACACGCCCUGGAGGCCUCGCGGUCUCAGUACUGAGGUGGCACACCUGCGGCACACCUGCGGCACACCUGCAUAAUGUGCGGUCUGGUCCAGUCACAAGGAAUUGUGUUGUCUAAGCCAAACGGGGAAGCUGACUGUGAUUUACCAAAAAAAAUUCCGUAAUUCAACCCAAAAUGUCUGCGGAAUCACCAGUUUGAUACUCUCUGUAAUCAGAUCAGUGGGCAGUGCCUGGGUGAACGUGUCUAGCAGCCACUGUGCGGGAUCGCUGUAACAGGAGUGGAAUGUACAUAUUUAUUUACUUUUCUAACUGCUCCAACAGCCAAAUGCCUUUUUUAUGACCAUUGUAUUCAGUUCAUUACCAAAGAAAUGUUUGCACUUUGUAAUGAUGCCUUUCAGUUCAAAUAAAUGGGUCACAUUUUCAAA